CAGCCCCGGAGCGCUCACACCGAGCGCGCAGUUGCAGCUCGCGAGCAGAGGCAGAGGAGGAGGCGUCCGGAGCCGAGCAAAUUCAAACGGCCACUCGCUCAGCCGCCUAGCCUGCUCCAAUUCUUAAUGAUCCCAUAGAAUUUUCUCUAUCAUUAUUAUUAUUAACGUUUACAUCGGUAAAGCUGUCAUACAAUUUGAUCAGACCGUUGAUUUUAGUCAUCGCUUUUAUUACGAAUUGAUCUGAACUCGUCACUUAUUUUCAUCUCUCUCUCUCACGAGUCGCAUUGCUAAGCGCUAACAUUCCAGCCCUUACGCGCGGCUUCAAUUUUAGCUGUUCCUCUCUCCGCCGAGUUUACAUCGAUAAGGGUUCAUCUCUCGCACCCGCAACGCAGCACAGACAUGUUGCGCUACGUGGAGCUCGCCUUGGUGGCGCUGGCCGCGGGCAUGCUUAGCGCCGCCGAUGCCAUGUACCCCUACGCGCAGCACAUGUCCUACCAGUCUGACCUCAACUACCGUCGCCCCAACUGCAAGGCCAUCCCGCCGGCGAUGGCUCUCUGCCACGACGUGGGCUACCCGGAGAUGAGGCUGCCCAACCUUCUCGGCCACGAGUCCAUGCGCGAGGCCCUCCAGCAGGCGAGCUCCUGGGUUCCGCUCCUGGCCAAGCGCUGCCACCCGGACACCAAGAAGUUCCUGUGCUCCGUGUUCGCGCCCGUGUGCAUCGACGAACUGGACGAUCCCAUCUGGCCGUGCCGCUCGCUCUGCGAGGCCGUCCGCGACUCGUGCGCGCCCGUCAUGGCUGCGUUUGGCUUCCCGUGGCCAGACAUGCUGGACUGCGAGAGAUUCCCCGUGGACAAUGACCUCUGCAUCCCCGCGGCCACUGGCGACGAGAUGGUGCAGGUGAUCAAGGAAGAACCCAAAGUGUGCGAGCCCUGUCUGUUCAAGGACGAAGACGACAACGAAAUCGUGGAGAAUUUCUGCAAAAACGACUUUGCGCUGAAGAUGAAGGUGAAAGAGAUCUCCUACAUGAACGGCGACACCAAGAUCGUGCCCGAGGUGAAGAGCAAGACCGUGUACAAGUUCAAUGGCAUCUCGGACCGCGAGCUCAAGAGGACUGUGUUGUGGCUCAAGGACGGCUUGCAGUGCACCUGCGACGAGAUGAACGACAUCAACGCCCCCUACCUGGUGAUGGGGCGCCGCCAGGCGGGCAAACUGGUCAUCACCUCCGUGAAGCGCUGGCAGAAGGGAGAGCGAGAGUUCCGGCGGAUAGCGCGCAGCAUCCGCAAGCUGCAGUGCUGAGCGCGCUCCACGCGUUUCGAUCGGCCGUGGUGGGUGGGG